AUGCAUCACAACCACAAAGACAAAUCGCAACACUUUAUGAUGCGUUCGUUUCUGCACAAGAUGGAGACUCGCCGUCUCCACAACAGUGACAUGAAAAGGCUUGUCCGGAUCCUCAGAAAAGUGCCCGCUCCUACCGAAGAGGAUUAUGAGCGCAAGGAGGUGCUCUACCGUGAACGUACCAAGAAGGCUAUCCAACGUCUUCCCAGUCGGCUGCGCUGCUCGCGGCUCUCCUUUGGUUCUACAAGCCUGUGCUCGAUACACAAUGAUCUAAAUCAAAACCUGGUCAACGACAUAUGGAGCUGGAUACGCCACGAAUUUGACGGCGCUAUCGGAAAGUUUCUCUAUCCACUUAUCAUGUCUGACGGUGUUCUAACAGCCGACCAGAAGUAUCAAGUCCGCCAAUUGGAACCAGUGUUACAAAUGUGGCAACCCAAUUUCAGCGUCGAAGCCUCCGCUCCACCGGAUCAUGAGCCAAUCCAUUGUGGAUCCAGAUGGCACUACCAGCAAAACAAAUGCUCGGCCUGUAUAAUGGCGCGCAUCGGCUCCCACGAAAACGUCCUUUUUGCGUUGUUCGCAGGAAUGGUUGGCCGUUUCAACACCAAGGCAUUUACCACAAUGGACGCCCUCCGCAGCGUUGCUGGUUGGGAUAGUAUGAAGAGCAAACGUCUUAGAUUUGUGCGUUAUUGGGUCCGGAAAACAAUUGGAGAUACUGCAUUGCUGAGAGCGGGCGACCUAGGUCUGGAGCUUAAACGCCUUCGCGUCCAGUGGAAGCAUGAGCGAUACCAUCAGCCUCGUUUACCUUCUCGGAAAAGGAUGCAGAAGACACGCGGUCUGGCUUUAGAUCAAACCUCAAAGAUUCCGAUUGAGACUGUUCAUGUGCACCCUCCUGGUCGUUCUACAACCAGUACUGUAAGCUUGCAACAAUCCAACCAGAGAGCCACUCCGAAGCUGUUGGACCAAAAACUUGGUCCCAAUCCCCGACCUCCAGAUGCAAACAGCCUAUCGCCAUUAGAAGAUCUGGGUUUCCAGCUUGAAAUGCCCAGCAUGCGUGAGCGGACGUAUACAAUUCCUGGCGACCAGCAAGAUGUUCACCCGGCUUUGAGGGAAUGCCCUACGUCCGUAUCUGUCCACUCGCCAAUGAACGCUUCAGAACAGUUCCACGAAUCGAGAAGCCCAGAUGGCUCAUACGGCACCUUGGAGCCUGAUGACAGGAUGAGUUUCGUUGCUCCUAGGCCGGCCCUGCUUCACCCACCCCUCACACUCGAUCACUCCAUCCACAACAUUGCUCCUUCGAUGAUCUCGUGUGCCUCAACCAAACUGUACGCCCCGUCUGUUGCAACAACCCGUACAAUCGCCUCUUACAACGGUGGCCCGUCUUCUCGUGCCAACUAUGUGGAUCCCCUCGACAACCCCAUCUAUAAUUACAUCGAAACGCAAGAGGAGCGCGUAGAAAAGUAUCGCAGGCUCCUAGCCACGCGCCCUGAUUCUGACCCUUUCGCCGAGUACGAAGAUGACGCUAUGGUGCUUCCAAGACCACAGCGACAGUCCAUGUACUCUGCUUUCGGAGACAACGCGUUUGAUGACAGCCGUUUCGACAGAAUUGACGAAGAGAUCGCGGAAGAUGAAACCGAGGAUUGGGAAAAGACCGAGCCUGAUGGAGACGAUGAGCUAUUCUCAGAGGAAAGAGGCAUAGGGGUGGAAUGA